UGUGAAAAUAGCAUUCAUUUGUCCAAAACUAACACCAAACACAAAUCCUUUCAAUUCAGCUAACCAGACCCUUUCCUUUUUUUCAUUUACACGCACAAGCCGAAUGUCCUCCUCACCGUCUCCGGGGUCCACCCCGGGAGCUCCGGCGCCGACCUCUCCGCCCCCAACCACCAAUACAUCACCUCCACCAGCCACUCCGGCUGCGCCAACACCUUCUAGUCCAUCUGCACCUCCUCCCACUCCACCUGCGCCACCACCUCCCACUCCAUCGGCACCUCCGCCAGCUACUCCCGCAUCUCCACCAUCACCCGCUGCUUCCCCACCUCCAGCGCCCUCCUCUACCCCCUCGACUCCGCCCUCUACUCCUGCAUCGCCUCCGCCUCCGCCUCCGUCCAGUCCUUCGGGUAGCAAUUCACCCCCGCCGCCGAAAAGUUCGGGGACGCCGCCACCGCCGACUGCUCGGAGUCCACCGCCUCCACCUAGUUCGUCGUCUUCUUCUGGUGAUGGAAUAAGUAUGGGGUUAGUGGUGGGGUUAGCUAUAGGAGGACUGGCUAUUCUUGUGGUGGUCAGCUUGUUGUUUCUUUGUUGCUGUAAGAAGAAGAGGAGGAGACGUGAUGAGGCUGGUUACUAUAUGCCUCCACCACCUCCUGCCCCUAAAGUUGACCCUUAUGGUGACCGGCAGCAUCAGUUUCAGCAUAAUGUCCCACCAGCUGCUGCUCUUGUUGUCCCACCGAUGCCAAAACCCUCUCCUCCACCUCCAGUUGCAUCACGUCCACCAUACUCACCCGUUCAUUCUCCUUCUUCUCAGCCGCCGCCACCACCUUUCAUGAGCAGUAGUGGAGGCUCUGGCUCCAAUUACUCAGGGCCUGACAACUCAAUCCCACCACCUUCACCAGGCAUUUCUUUAGGUUUUUCAAAGAGCACAUUUACGUAUGAGGAAUUGUCAAGGGCAACUGAUGGCUUCUCAGAUGCCAACCUCCUUGGACAAGGUGGUUUUGGGUAUGUACACAGAGGUGUCUUACCUAAUGGAAAAGAAGUGGCAAUCAAGCAACUGAAAGCUGGAAGUGGUCAGGGAGAACGUGAAUUUCAGGCAGAAGUUGAAAUAAUCAGCCGAGUACACCACAAACAUCUUGUUUCCUUGGUUGGAUACUGUAUUGCUGGAUCACAAAGAAUGCUUGUUUAUGAGUUUGUUCCAAACAACACUUUGGAGUUUCACUUACAUGGAAAGGGGCGACCUACCAUGGAUUGGUCUACCAGACUGAAAAUUGCUUUAGGUUCUGCCAAAGGAUUGGCAUAUCUUCAUGAAGAUUGUCAUCCUAAAAUUAUUCAUCGUGAUAUCAAGGCAGCUAACAUACUUCUGGAUUUCAAGUUUGAGGCAAAGGUAGCUGAUUUUGGACUGGCAAAAUUUUUUUCUGAUGUCAAUACUCAUGUCUCCACACGAGUAAUGGGUACAUUUGGUUACUUGGCUCCAGAAUAUGCUUCAAGUGGAAAACUCACUGAGAAAUCAGAUAUUUUUUCCUUCGGUGUCAUGCUUUUGGAAUUGAUCACCGGACGCCGACCUGUUGACUCAAGCCCUUCUUACGUGGAGGAUAGUUUGGUUGACUGGGCAAGGCCUCUGCUUAAUCGAGCUCUGGAAGAUGGAAACUUUGACAGUCUGGCUGAUCCAAGGCUGCAGAACAAUUAUGACCACAAUGAGAUGGCUCGGAUGGUUGCUUGUGCUGCUGCUUGUGUGCGUCAUUCUGCACGUCGCCGGCCUAGAACAAGCCAGAUAGUCCGUGCUUUGGAAGGGGACAUGUCUCUAUCUGAUCUGAACGAGGGAAUUAGACCUGGACAUGGCAAUAUUUACAGUUCUUAUGGAAGUUCGGACUAUGACACGGCGCAAUACAAUGAAGACUUGAAAAGAUUCAAGAAGAUGGCAUUGACUAGCCAGGAGUAUGGUGCCAGUAGCGAGUACAGUGCACCUACAAGCGAAUACGGAUUAUACCCUUCUGGCUCAAGCGGUGAAAACACCCGCGAAAUGGAGAUGGGAAAGAUGAAGAAAAACAAUCAAGGUUACAGUGGAAGCUCUUAGCAACCCAUGUCCCAUUUUUCUUUUCUGUAAAGUCAGGCCGCCUUCUUUUUAAUUGCAAGAAUGCUGUUUUGCAUACAGAAUAUUCUUUUUUCUCUUGAGUAUAAUUUUGAUUUGUUUCUUUUACUUACCUGUAUUUAUUGGUGGUUUAUUAUAUAAAAGAAGACAAGGGACAGAUCUUUUUGAUUCUUCAA